AUGGAGUUCAUAAUUCCUCUGCACUGUCGCAACCUCCUCAAACUCCUCCUCUUCCUCACCAUCGUCCACCGUGUACCACACUCAACCACCUCUCUCGAUCUCCUUCCCAAAGAAGCGCUGCCGACCAAUUCUGGAUACCUGGAAGUCAACUCAACAACUGGUUCAGCCCUUUUCUACACAUACUACGAGGCACAAGAGCCGGCCACACCCCUAUCUCAAACCCCCCUUCUCAUCUGGCUCCAAGGUGGCCCUGGCUGCUCCUCCAUGCUUGGAAACUUCUAUGAACUUGGUCCGUGGCUGGUUACGUCUAAUGUUUCAGUUAAGCCUAAUCCAGGGGCAUGGAACAGGAUAUUUGGGGUCCUUUUUAUUGAUAAUCCAAUUGGAACUGGAUUCAGCAUUGCUGCUUCGCCUCAAGAAAUCCCAAGAAAUCAGCAUGACGUUGCGAAGCAUCUUCUCAUCGCUAUCAAGAAGUUUAUUAAGCUGGAUGAUAUGUUUAAAACGAGGCCAAUUUAUGUUACUGGGGAGAGUUAUGCUGGAAAGUAUGUUCCGGCACUUGGCUACUACAUAUUGAAAAAGAAUGCUAUUUUGCCAGUUUCCAGUAGGGUCAAUUUAGCCGGUGUAGCUAUUGGAAACGGACUAACAGAUCCGGCCACACAAACGGCCACUUAUGCUGUGAAUGCUUACUAUUCUGGAUUCAUUAACGAUAAGCAGAAGAAAAUCUUAGAGAAUCUUCAGAAGAAGGCUGUUGAAUUGACACAAAUUGGGAAUUGGACUCAGGCUUCUAAUGCAAGAGAUACAGUGGUGCAAACAUUGGUAGACAUGACUGGCUUCGCAAGUGUAUAUGAUUUUAGAAGGUUAGUUCCAUAUCAAGAUUAUUUAGUGGCGGAGUUUCUAACAAAUAUGGAGGUAAAAAAGGCGUUAGGUGCUAAGGAAAAUAUUGUGUUUGAAGGAUGUAGUGAUGUUGUGGAAGAUGCACUAACCGAGGAUAUCAUGAAGAGUGUGAGGUAUAUGGUUGACUAUUUAGUUAUGGAAACUAAGGUUUUAUUGUACCAGGGACAGUGUGAUAUGCUUCUUAAUGUGGUGUCGAAUGAGGCUUGGAUAAAGAAACUGAAGUGGGAGAGACUAAGAGAGUUCAUGGAAGCAGAUAGGAAAGUUUGGAGAGUGAAUGAGACUUUAGCUGGCUCUGUGCAGAAGUUUGAGAAAUUGAGUCAUGUUGUGGUGUUGAAUGCGGGACACCCUGUGCCUACUGAUCAGCCGUUGAAUUCUCAAGCUAUGAUAGAAGACUGGGUUUUGGACAGGGGACUCUUUGCAAAUUAGCAGUAGAACAACA